UUCAUCUGAACAGACUACAAAAAGACAUGAAAAGAAACAAAAACACAUCAAUGGACACUGUGGUGACAGAUUUCAUUCUCAUGGGCUUGUCUCAUCCCCCAAAUUUAAGAACUCUCCUCUUCCUGGUCUUCUUCUCUAUUUACAUCCUGACUCAGCUGGGGAACCUGCUCAUUCUGUUCACUGUGUGGGCUGACCCCAAGCUCCAUGCCCGCCCCAUGUACAUUCUUCUGGGUGUGCUCUCUUUCCUGGACAUGUGGCUCUCCUCAGUCAUCGUCCCUCGACUUAUUUUAAACUUCACUCCUGCCAGCAAGGUUAUCCCAUUUGGUGGCUGUGUGGCUCAGCUGUAUUUCUUUCACUGCCUGGGCAGUACGCAGUGCUUUCUGUAUACCUUGAUGGCCUAUGACAGGUACCUAGCUAUAUGCCAGCCCUUGCGCUAUCCUGUGCUCAUGAAUGGCAAGUUAUGCACCAUUCUGGUGGCUGGAGCUUGGGUGGCUGGCUCCAUCCACGGGUCUAUCCAGGCCACACUCACCUUUCGCCUGCCCUACUGUGGGCCCAAUAAAGUGGAUUAUUUUUUUUGUGACAUUCCUGCGGUGUUGAGACUAGCCUGUGCUGACACCAAAGUCAAUGAGCUUGUGACGUUUGUAGACAUCGGGGUGGUGGCUGCCAGCUGCUUCAUGCUAAUUCUGCUUUCCUAUGCCAACAUUGUCCAUGCCAUCCUGAAGAUGCGCACUGCUGAGGGGAGGCGCCGGGCCUUCUCCACCUGUGGCUCGCAUCUGACUGUGGUCACAGUCUACUAUGUCCCCUGUAUAUUCAUCUACCUUCGGGCUGGCUCUAAGAGUCCCCUGGAUGGGGCAGUGGCUGUGUUUUACACUGUUGUUACUCCACUACUGAACCCCCUCAUCUACACACUGAGGAACCAAGAAGUAAAAUCUGCUCUGAAGAGGAUAUCAGCGGGGCGAGGGCAUGGGAAAUGA